AUGCUUGCAGUGCUCAAACUAGGCGCGGCUUUUGUGCUGCUAGAUUCGGGACUUCCUGUCUCAAGGCUACAAAAUAUGGUUGAGCAAGUCAAUGCAGCAAUCGUUCUGUGCUCCGGCAGCAGUGUUCAGCUCGCGGAGAAGCUAGCUUCUACAGUAGUGAAAGUGCCAGUGGUUACUACGGAAGAUAAUGCUAGUAGCACUGAAUUCUGUGUGCCAGCAAAUAUAGACCCGUUAUUGACGAUUGCUGCGAUUGUCUUCACCUCAGGCACGACAGGAACACCCAAAGGAGUUCUGGUAUCGCAUGCCAACUUAGCAUCAACUUUCAAAUACACAGCCACCACAGUUGGGUUGAACGAAAGAACACGAAUGCUGGACUCUGCAUCUUACGGCUUCGAUGCAGCUAUAUACCAGUCACUUGGAACCCUGUGCAACGGCGGCUGUGUUUGUGUUCCUUCGGAUUCAGAAAGAUUGACGGCAAUGGCAUCUGCAAUCAGGAGAUUCAAUGUCAAUACGGCUAUAUUGACUCCGUCCGUUGCUCGAUUGCUAGAACCAGAGAGUGUACCGAGCUUGCAACGCUUGAAGCUCGUGGGAGAGUCUGCCAGUCUUACACUAAUUGAGAAGUGGCUGUCACACAACGUCAAAAUUGUACUUGGUUAUGGUCCAUCAGAAUGUGCGGUCUGCAGCAAUGUGGGAAUUUUCCAGCGUGAUGUCACGGCUGUAAAUAAUAUAGGCCACACACUAGGUUGUUUGGCUUGGAUUGUCGAUCUGGAUGACCACGAGAAGCUUCUUCCAGUCGGUGCCACUGGGGAGCUGCUCCUCGAAGGACCGAAUGUCGGUGCCGGUUACCUGAAAGACAGAGAAAGAACAUCUGCGGCUUUCAUUAAGGCACCAAAGUGGCUGCAACGAGGUUUCGACGCUGUUGCAGGUAGGAACAGCACAUUAUACAAGACUGGAGACCUGGUGCAGUACCAUCGGGAUGGUUCAAUACUAUAUAUUGGUCGCAAGGAUCAGCAGAAAAAGCUUCGAGGACAACGCAUUGACUUGAAAGAAAUUGAAUAUGCUAUUGCACAAGCAUCUGCCGAGAAGCUCGACGUGAUUGCUGAAAUCUGUACUAACGCUCUCUCGGAGAAUGAAUUGCAAUUAGUCGCUUUUUGUUGUCUGAGGUCUUUUGAAAAUACUAUCAAAAAUAUUCCGCAACAGAGCAAAACCGAUACAGAAAGCCUUAUCCUCCCAGCCAGCAGAGAGUUUAUGACAAUAGCCGAGCAGAUUCGCAAAAAGCUUCAGAGCGAAGUGCCUUCAUACAUGAUACCAUCAAUUAUUCUUCCAGUCUCUGAGAUUCCAAGAACGAAGCCCAGUGACAAGCUAGAUCGAAAACGAAUGAUUAGGGAAGUUCGAAAAGUCGAUCAGUCACAUCUACGAAGUUAUUUCCCAGUUACAUCGAAGGCACUAAGCACCGCAAAGGAGCUCAAACUUCAGCAGUUAUUGAAACAAGUUCUUCGCUCGGAUUUGAAUAUAUCGGCAGACGACCAUUUAUUUAGCUUGGGGGGAACUUCGAUCACAGCAAUUGAGCUGAUUGCUGCUGCAAGACAAUCUGGUUUCUUCUUGCAGAUGCAAGAUGUUCUCUACCACGAUAAUAUAGCAGCUUUAGCUUCCAAGAUGUCAGCUCUCGAUGAUACGAAAGAUAUGAGUACAUCACUGCCGCCAUUUUCUCUCAUUGCGGAAAAAUUGAGGACAGAAGUCUUUCGCGAGGCGAGUUUACGAUAUGGAAUAUAUUCUACUAGCAUUGAAGAUAUCUUGCCAUGUACACCAAUGCAAGAGGGCCUGAUGGCGCUUGGGGAGCAGAGGUAUGGCGGGCAUAUAGCCCAGCAAAUAUUUGACCUACCUCCAGAGACAGACCUAAAGUGUCUCAAAAGUUCAUGGGAAACUGUUUCACUGCAGAACAGCAUCAUGAGAACCUGCAUUAUUGACACACCAGCACGGCUUCUCCAAGUCGUGACCCGAGAACCGCUCUUGAUUCCUGAAUACGAGAAUGUAGAGCUCGGUUUUGUUACCAGGACUCUGAUCAGUCAGAUUAGAUUAGGAUCACCGCUUGUGAAUCUGGCUAUUAUCUCACAAAGUAGGGGCAAGUCUUCGUGUUCACAGCUAAUAUGGACGGCACAUCAUGCUGCAUGUGAUGGCUGGCAAGUUCCCCGUAUAUUCGACCAAGUUGAACUUGCAUAUCGAGGAACGAAAUUACCUCCACAGUGUGAGUUCAACCUUUUCGUCAAAUACAUAGUAGAUGGGGAUCGGGAAAGACACAGUGCGUACUGGACGAGACAACUUGCGGGUCCGAUUCCUGCCACAUAUCCUAUACAUCAUGAAGGAGAAGGUUGGGCUACCGAGUCGAAGAGAAUUCAAGUCCAUUUAGGCGAUUCCGCCCCACAUAGACAUCUGCUGGCCACAAAGAUUAACCUUGCUUGGAGUCUGCUUGUCGCCGCCUACGCUGAAUCUUCGGACAUCGUUUUCGGCCUUACAUUGACUGGACGAAAUGCACCUAUUCCAGGCAUUGCAGAUAUGACAGGGCCAACCAUUACGACGGUACCGUUUCGACAGCAGGUUGAUUUCAGUCUGACAGUGGGUGAAGCUCUAGAUAGGGUACAAAAGCAACUGAUUGAAAUGAUCCCAUACGAACAAACAGGUCUACAGAAUAUACGGCAACUGAGCGAUGAAGCUGCAGCCGCGUGUGAUUUGCAAUCUCUAUUGGUCAUUCAGCCUUCAAUAGAGACACAAAGCGAAGGACGAUACAAGGUACUGAUUCCAGCUCAGAAGUACAAGGAAUCUCGAUUAGCUUUCAGCAACUACCCACUUACUAUGGAGUGCACCAUAUGCUCAAAUGAGAAUCUGGUCAAUGUGUCCGCCCAAUUCAACGACCGCAUAAUUAGCUCGGAUCAAAUGACUCAUAUACUGCAUCAAUUUGGCCACGCUCUGCGCCAAAUACAUGCCCAUCCCGACAUGAAGCUCUCGACAGUAAAUUUGCUUAGUCCUUAUGACAUUGAAAGACUGAUAGCGUGGAAUGGUACCUGUCAGACGGCAGUCAAUCAAACCCUCAACGAGUUGAUAGAACGGCGUACCGAUCAAGAUCCAAAUGCACCGGCGGUAGAUGCAUGGGACGGAAAUUGGACGUACCAAGAGUUGAAUACUCUCUCAUCACAGUUUGCGUUCUUCCUUCAGCAACUUGGUAUUCAUUCGGACGAGGUGGUGCCUGUUUGCUCCGAGAAAUCUCGAUUGACUCCCGUCAUAAUUCUCGCACUACUCAAGAUUGGUGCUGGCUGCACCCUCGUGGAUGCUCGUCUACCACAGGGCCGAGUCAACCAGAUCUUAUCAAACAGCCGUGCUCGAUAUUUCAUUUGCUCGGAAAUGUACCAAUAUCAUUUUGAUGUCGCCGAUACGUCUGCUAAAAAAAUAGUCGCAUCUGUACCCUGGAUCCAGGAACUACGUCCAGUUCUAGUUGAUGUUCAAUGGAACAACAAUCCGGACACAAUCGCUUUCGUCGUAUAUACUUCAGGAAGUACAGGCCGCCCCAAAGGGGUUGUUUUAGAACAUAGGGCACUAUCAACCAGCAUAUUUGCGCAUGGGAGCGUGCUUGGCAUUGGCCCCAGUUCUCGAAUGCUUCAAUUUGCCUCUUGCUCCUUCGAUAUCAACUUAUACGAAAACAUGACGACGCUCGUCCUCGGUGGUUGCAUCUGUAUUCCUUCUGAAGAUGCACGACUAAACAAGCCUGCACAAUAUGCACGAGAAAGUGGCGCAACAGUGACCCUUUCCGCUCCCACAAUAAUGCAAGCAUUAGGCCAAGAGGAGAUUCCAGAGUUGAAAACUAUCUCUUUGGGGGGAGAGCCAAUCACAGCCGAAGUGGUUGAUACUUGGAAGGAUCAGGCACAGGUAUUCAAUGGGUACGGACCUGCUGAGUGCACCAUCUGCGCAAUGCAUCCAGUCGAGAAGAACACAAAAGGCGAAGGUCAAGCCAAUCCACUCGCAACUAUUGGCCGCGGCCUUGGUUGUACGUUUUGGGCGGUUGAUAUUGUUGACCCAUCACGCCUGGCACCAGUCGGUGUUGUUGGCGAGCUCUAUAUCGAAGGCCCUGUUCUUGCUCGCGGUUAUCUGAACGAUUUCGAACGUACCAUGUCGUCAUUUCUAUCUUCUCCAAGCUGGCUAAACAGAUUUCGUGAAGGCGACACUUCACAAUCUCGUGUUUAUAGAACCGGCGAUCUUGUGCGUUAUAACACAGAUGGAACCGUUGUCUUUGUUGGGCGCCGAGACACUCAAACGAAAUUGCGUGGACAGCGCAUUGAGUUGUCUGAGGUCGAGUAUUACCUUCAUAAGGCCUUUUUUGAGUCACCCAAAGUUGUUGUCGAUGUGGCUACACUACUUGGAAAAAAUCAGCUUAUUGGGUUCGUAGAGGAGAAAACCGAUCAGGGAUCUUUGUGUAAAGAUUGCAACAGGGUGGAUCCAAGUACCUCAGAGCAAAAACAAUCCGAACAAUUUGUUUUCAAAUCCCUUUCGGAAUACCAGGCAGAAAAUGCCGAGGCUACUCGCAUGCUUUUCCAAGCUCUCCCAUCCUACAUGGUCCCAUCAUUGAUACUACAUAUAACAGCAAUCCCGAAGACCUUGACUGGGAAGACUGACCGCAAAGCUUUGCGCGAAGCUGCAAGCAAUCUAAGUGCUGAAGAAAUCUCACUCGCGAUGCAAGGCGAAACACAGCACCGGUCACCCUCAACUGAGGCCGAGACCAAGCUUCGGGACUUGUGGUCGGAUAUUCUUCGUUUACCAAAGGACUGCAUAGGCGCCGAUGACAGCUUUUUUGCACGUGGUGGUGACUCAAUUACAGCCAUGCGCCUAGUGAGCUCAGCGCGGGCGUUGGGUCUACACCUGACAGUCAGAGAUGUCAUUAAUUCUCCCAAACUAAGCUCGCUUGCUCAGAUAGCGUGUCCAGAUAUUUUGAAUGGUUUGCAUGAUCAAACAAGGGAAAGAAAAACCAGACAAGUUUGGGAACCGUUUCACGCCCUUGAAUGUGAAAUUGGCUCCAGACAAAAUUUCAUUCAGGAUAUCAUUCGCCCAUUUGAUAUACCGGACUCCAAUGUUUCAGACGUGCUCCCCGCAACCAGUUUACAGGAGUUUGCCCUCUCCAACUGUCCCACCUUCUUCAUCUUCAACAUCGGUGACAGGCUUGAUCUGGAUCUAGCUGUGUCUAGUUGGCUCAGAAUUAUCGCUGAACACGACAUCCUGCGUACGCUAUUUAUCUCACACAACGACAAGCAUUACCAGGUGAUUUUAAGAGAUUUAUCUCGAAUUGAGCAGUCAUUCCAUACAAUCACAGAAAACACAGAUGAGGCGGUAGAUACUUUGUUGAGGGAAAAAGAAGCAGCUUCUGUAUCGCUACCAGUGGGCAAUUCUCCUCUCAAAUUUAUUAUCAUUACGAGCCCAGAAACCCGAUAUCUUGUUCUUCGAAUGUCACAUGCCCAAUACGAUGGAUUCAGCAUUUCGGAGUUGUGGAGCGAUUGGAGAAGCGCUUUUGACGGCUUACCCCUCCACCCUAGAUGCUCCUAUGCAGAUUUCGUGUAUUCUGCCCGAGCGUUAGGAGAGAAUGGUGGAUAUGACUUUUAUAAAGUCGUUCUCAAGGACUCUACUAUGACAUACCUGACACCGCUCCCAACUGCCGAAGCCCUAGGAGAUGAUAAAGCUAAUGAGAACAGCGGGGUCCACGAAGUCGAGACUGUGGUGGAAAACAUCCAUGGCUUGCCCAAUGUGACUAUGGCCACAUUUGUUCAAGCUGUAUGGAUCAUGACACUCGUCAGAUGGUCGAAAAAAGAUGAUAUUGUUUUUGGUCUCGUUACCACUGGACGACGAAGCAAAAGACAUGAUUUCGACACAGUAAUGGGACCAUGUCUUGAAAUCAUGCCUAUCCGUGCUAAGCUACGACCAGGUUGGAGUCUGUAUGAUCUGUGUGAACAUCUUCAACGGCAAGACGCCGAUAGCAUGGAAUUCGAGGGUAUGGAACUUUUCAAGAUUAUCAAAGAAUGCACGAACUGGGACCCCGCCGCGCCGCUCGGAACUUGGUUACAGCAUGAUAAUACAGACUGGAACGCGGAAUUGGUCUUGGGGGGUAUGAACUACGGAGGACCCAGAGUCUAUGAUACGCCAUAUGGACAAGAUGAUGUGGGAAUUGAGACUCUCUAUCUCGGGGAUGGAACAUUAAAGAUCAAGUUGUCAUCGCCGGCGCACAUAUUGAACGCUUCUAUGCUGCAUGAUUUGCAAAUCUUGACAUGCGAGACAUUGAAGAUUUUUGCAGAAAAGCCGGAAACGAAUUUAGCUGAUUACUAUUGCCAGCAAACUGCAUUAUUUUGA